AUGCAUUCUUAUGCGACACUUUAUCGACGCAUACACAAAGAAGAAGAAGAAGAAAAAGAGCAGUACCACCACUCUUUCGAAGCUUUUGUAAAACAGAUCAGGAUGUCAUCAUCCUCGACGAUGGUUCCUGGGAGUCGUAAUAAUACGAGCAGCAGUUGUCGCGCGAAAGAUGAAGACGAUGCGACAGUUGGUUUCCAAAAUCUUGACCUAACGAGAAUGAAAACGAUUCAGACGACGACGACGACGACGACGACGAGUGAUGCGAAUGAUAACGGAAGUCCCAAAAGAAGUUCAUCCAGUCAGGACAACAACAACAACAGCAACAGCAGUCGAGGGGGAGAACAACAACGACAACAACAAAAACAUCACCAAGAGGAGUUGUUACAGUUGGAGGAAGAAUCGGGACGAAGGUCGAAGCGAGCGUCGAUCGACGUGGGAGACGAUGCGACGACUUUGGAACGGUUCCGCCGGAUCGCCUCGCAACAUCAAAAGCAACAACAACAUCAAGAACAAGAACAUCGAGAACAAGUGGAGGUUCUCAAAGAGGAGAAAGAUGAAGAUAAGCAGCAACAAGUCUCGGAUUCGGCGAAAUUUUCCGAGCGAAUCAAAGCGCUUUUGGCGCAAUCGAGAGACGAAAUGAACAGUAACAGAGACGAAGAUUACGACGAAGCCGAGGACGAUAUGUACAAUACGUGCGUGUAUGGAGAGUACGAAGGAGGAGAGAGAGACGAUGAGGAGGAGGAAAACGACGCAAUUUACGAGACCAUCGUAGAAGAGGAAGAGAAUUUGAGCGAGUUGUCGAGUAAGCACUCGAGCGGAGGGAGGGUAAGGGUAGCGGCGACAAAGUCGGAUACUAGAGAGGAUUUGAUUAAAACGAAGAACGAGGAAGCGUCGGCAAAGAAGAAAGGAAUCGCGUUUUCGUCGAUGAAGGCGGCGAAAGAAGACGACCUCAAGAAGGGGGCUUCCGCGGAGGCGGAAAAGAAAAAGAAGAAGAAGAAAGGGUUCUUGACCGGUAUCUUCUCUUCGAAAAGUAAGAAAUCGUUAUCGUCCGCUUCGGAGUUGAGAGAGCAGGAAGGAGAAGAAGAAAAGGUAUUUUAG